AUGUACGAAGGCCGGAAUGUGGAGGCUAUCGUGGACGUGUGGUGUGAUGCGCCUGUACAGAAAUCGUGGAAGACGUUUGCGGAUUCGGCGCUGACGCCUGAAGAUCGACAGUCUCGUUGGGGAGGGAUAGAAUAUUGGUUUGCUUUGGGCGUUCAUCCUCAUGAUGCCAAACACUACACCGACGCCGUAGAAAAGGAUAUAUUAGAAGCAAUGACUCACCCUCGAUGCGUUGCCCUCGGUGAAAUAGGGCUCGACUAUCACUACGACAACUCACCCCGCGAUGUGCAACGAAACGUAUUCAGACGGCAGCUGAAACACGCCGUUAGGCUAGGGAAGCCGCUGGUUAUACAUACCCGGGAAGCUGAGGAAGAUACGGAGAAAAUAUUGAAGGAGGUGCCAAAAGAUUACAAAAUCCACGUCCACUGCUUCUCUGACUCCCCGGAAUUUGCGGCCCGUCUCCUCGCCCACUUUCCGAAUCUCUACAUCGGUAUAACAGAUAGAGAGAAGACCAAAUUCAAGCGGGUUACUUGGAUUAUCAACUUUCGGGAUGAACAUGACGGUAUUGCGAAUCAGAGGCCCUACAUAUUGUAUCAACGUAAGAAUGCGAUCGAUUCACGAAACACGAAGAGAAAGGGGGAAAAAAAGACGCUUACGAGCUCUGACUCUGCCCAGGCAUAUACAAUCCAUUCCCUCCCCCCCUCCUCCUCCAUUAGAAGAACUCAAGGGACUACUCGCAUGCGCCAUCCUACUCAAACUAUGACACCAAAAGGAGGCGGGGAACUGCCAGAUUUUACUAUCAUUCCUCCUGGACCCACAUCGCCUGCGCCAUUUGCGGUGGACGAAGUUGGGGGAGGGGCGGAGCUAGAGGAGGGAGGACGUGAUCUGGACCGGGAGCGGGAAGCUGGUGAGCGCGUGGGUGGGGUGGAACGAUUAUGGUGGUGGAUUCGUGGUGGAAGUGGGAGGGAGUUGAGGGGAGGAGAAGGGGGUCGUAGUGCAUCGUAA